AUGGCAUCACUUCCAAAGUUUUCUACUGUCUUUACCUGGGCCCUCUACUUGAUCCCGGUAUAUAUCUUCAUCCUCGACCCGCUAGUGCGCGGAUUCUUCCCGGGAUUGCUAGCACCACGCGAGGACAGCGUCGACCUCUUCGACGAGUCCGACGCACCAGGACCUGGCAUCAACCUCACCGACGACAGCUUCAUCAGCCCCGAAGAUGGCGUACCAUUCAAUUGUCCCAGCACAGAGGGGUAUCGCGUGCAUCUCCUCUCGCGCGAACCGUUGAUAAUUUAUAUCGAGAACUUCAUCUCAGAAACUGAAGCAAACCACAUCCUGGACAUGAGCGUGAAUAAAUACACCCCGUCAAUCGUCUACGAUGGCCAAACAGAACGAGUAGACCCAACCAAACGCCUCUCCGACCGUGCUCUUCUCGACCGCGACGACACAAUCCGCUGCCUGGAAGACCGUGCCCGCGCCUUCCAGGGCUGGCAUCCGGACUUGUACAUCGAGCGCAUGUGGGCGCAGCGCUACAAUGCCUCCGGCCACUACCGGCACCACUAUGACUGGGCCGGGUCGCUGGCGCGGGGCGGGGACCGUUUUAGCACGUUUAUGGUGUAUCUCGAUGCGGACUGUGAGGGGGGGGGGACGAAUUUUCCGCGGUUGAGGAUGCCUUAUGGGGAGGGGUGGUGCCGGUUCCUGGAGUGUGAGCAGCGGGAUGGGGUAGGGAAGGGGGGAGAUGGGUAUCACAUUCAAGCCUAUCAAGGGUAA